AUGGAUAUAAACCAUUACUAUUAUAUUGAAAAUAUACUACAAAAUAUUUAUUUUAUCGCAGGUAUUUGGCCAGAUUUAAAUAACUGUAAAGUAGUGGCGAAAAUAUUUGUUUGUGGAUUUAAUGAAAUUAUACAUAAUUGUGACACGGACCCCACAUGUGUAACAGAAUUACUAAAAAAUGCUGUAACUAAACCAACUCAAUGUGAUACUUAUAUCUCUGAAUUCAAAACAGAAAUGUGGUAUCCCUCAUUUUUCAAAAAUCAUUGGUUUUUUGUAUGUGAUAAACCCACUACAAUAACUAUAAUUUGUAAUAAACAGUCUUUCACGCAAAAAAUUAAAGUUAAAAGUUCUGGAAAGUUAUACUUGAAGUCUGGGUGUAUUGCUUAUACCUCGAAAGGUGUACUACAAACUGAACAAAAAUUAAACCAAACAUAUUUCUCAGUUCCAGUAGACUUAUCUCUUAUGAACGAUUCAUGCUGUAAUGUUUUCAAUUUUUCAACUCAGCCCUAUCCCAAACCCAUUCACUUCGAUGAAAUAAAAAAUAUUAAAUUUAAUAAAGAAGCGUUCAAUAAAAUAAAUAUCCAAUUAGACCAACAAGAUAUGUUACUAAAUUCACUUACUGUAAAUAAAACGCAUGAAUUUAUAUACACGAACAAAUAUUUAGUUGUCGUAAUAAUAGUAUUUUUACUAUAUUUUAUAGCAAAAUUUUAUUUAAAUAGGAAAGCAAAAAAAUCAGCUAUAGAAAACAUUAAUUUAAGUUAUAAUGGCAACUGGCAAUAG